GGAGGAACACCAAUCAAGACAUGCUUAACUGCCUUAGGUGGGAGCUUCUGAACCUGCUAACUGCUUACAGAUCAUUAACAGUUUGAAGGAGAUGGGUCAAGGAGAGGAAAGAUUGAAUGUGUUAAUAGGAAAACAAAAUGUUACUACACAUAUGAGAGGUUCAAGUUUUCUAAUAAACAAAUGUUUGUUAAAACCACACUGAGAAAUUGGGGGGAACCCAUGUCUGCAAAUGUGAGCUCCCUGGGCAGAAAUUCAGAAUGGACUAAAAUGGUAGGCGCCCCUAAUCUGAAGUCAAUAAUCAGGGAUGAAUAGCUAGCAUUGUUAAUUACAACACUUGUAAUUAAUUACAAGUGAGAAUGACUUCUGCCAGCAUACUGGGAUCCACUCAUAGUCACAGACCCAGCCUUAAUCAAGACUCCUAGCUAGGAGAAUGCACUGAAAAUACACCCAAACCAGGAAAGCAUUUGUAUUGGCCCUUUGUGGAUUUCUUUUGCUCAGUAGAACCUCUGAGGAAGGUGGGUUUAUUUGCUGUCAUUCCCACGGCAUAGAUAAGUAAACUCAGGUGCCAAGGGGUCCCUUGGCAUACCCACUAACUCCUCCAUAGUAAAAGUGCUAUAAGGGUAAAUGUCUCGUGUCCUCCCCCCACCACAGUGACUCAACAAGAACAAUGCAAUACCACAAAUCUGUCUGUUGCUGAACAUUCCAUUUGACCCUCACUAUACUCUUUUCAUUUAGGUAAGGUCCACACACAUCUUUCCUACACAGGCGGUAACUGAGGGGAAAAAGUAUCAUGACAAAUCUACAGGGCUGUAAAAGGCAGCGAGUGGAGGUGGAGCCCAGAUCUGACUCCACAAGUCAGAAGCUCAGAUAAGGCUUUGCUAGCGGGGCCUGCAAGUCAAGGAUGAAAGCCCGACGGGCUGUGGAGCGCUCACAGUCCCAGAAAUCCUGGAUUGAAGGAGUGUUCAACAAGAGAGAAUGUAGCAAAAUCAUACCUAGCUCAAAAGACCCUCACAGAUGCACCGCAGGAUGCCAGGUCUGCCAGAAUUUAAUCAGGUGUUACUGUGGGCGAUUAAUUGGAGACCAUCAUGGGAUAGAUUAUUCCUGGACCAUCUCAGCUGCCAAUGGUAAUGAAAAUGAGCAAUGGUCUGUUGAAAAGCACACAACGAAAAGCCCUACAGAUACGUUUGGCACUAUUAAUUUUCAAGACGGAGAGCAUACCCACCACUCCAAGUAUAUUAGAACAUCUUAUGAUACAAAGGCAGAUCAUCUGUUACAUUUAAUGUUGAAAGAGUGGAAGAUGGAACUGCCCAAACUGGUGAUCUCUGUCCACGGGGGCAUCCAGAACUUCAGGAUGCCGUCUAAGCUUAAAGAGAUCUUCAGCCAAGGUUUGGUCAAAGCUGCGGAGACAACAGGAGCAUGGAUAAUAACUGAAGGCAUUAAUACUGGUGUGUCCAAACAUGUUGGGGAUGCCCUGAAAGCCCAUUCCUUCCGGUCCUUGAGAAAAAUCUGGACAGUUGGAAUCCCUCCUUGGGGUGUCAUUGAGAACCAGAGAGAUCUUAUUGGAAAAGAUGUGGUGUGCCUGUACCAGACUCUGGGCAACCCCCUCAGCAAGCUCACCACACUCAACAGCAUGCACUCCCACUUCAUCUUGUCCGAUGAUGGGACUGUGGGCAAGUAUGGAAAUGAGAUGAAUCUCAGGAGGAACCUGGAAAAGUACCUCUCUCUACAGAAAAUACAUAGCCGUUCAAGACAAGGCGUGCCCGUGGUGGGGCUGGUGGUGGAAGGAGGUCCCAAUGUCAUCCUCGCGGUGUGGGAGACUGUGAAAGACAAAGACCCGGUGGUGGUGUGUGAAGGCACAGGCAGGGCGGCCGACCUCCUGGCCUUCACCCACAAACAUUUAGCAGACGAAGGGACCCUACGUCCUCAGGUAAAGGAGGAGAUCAUCUGCAUGAUUCAGAGCACUUUCAACUUUAGUCUUAAGCAGUCCAAGCACCUUUUUCAAAUUCUCAUGGAGUGUAUGGUGCACAGGGAUUCCAUGACGAUAUUUGAUGCUGAUUCUGAGGAGUCACCAGACCUUGAUUUAGUAAUCCUAACGGCUCUGCUAAAAGGCACAAAUUUAGCAGCAUCAGAACAAUUAAAUCUGGCAAUGGCUUGGGACAGAAUGGACAUUGCCAAGAAACAUAUCCUAACUUAUGGACAACAUUGGAAGAGACCUCUCAACAUUUCUCUCUGUGGUGCUGUCCUCACUGCUACAAUCUGGACUGGUUGCCUGCUGUUCCUGGUUCUGGGCUGUCGUGCUGGAAUCUACCUUCAUCAUAGUGGAGAUUCCCUUUGCCUCUCUCCUGUAGCGGAGCACCUGUUCUCUGUAUCCUGUGCCUUCCUCUUGUUGGGCUUGCUGCUUUAUUUUAAUGGGGUGCAUCCUUCAGUAGCUUUCUGAGAAAGGGAACAUGGGAGAGAAACAUUUUGAGAACUCACAUGUUUGGAGAUAUUUUAAUUAAAGACCAGAACUCAUUUUGAAUGCUUAGCUUCCAGCAUUCAACAUUGCUAUUGAGAAUAAAAAUCUUUCUGUUUUCUGCUC